ACAUGGAAGCGUGAAACCCGGUUUAACAAGGUCCUCCUGCAGGUGGGGGGAGAGGUGGGUGAAGAAGGUGGACCCAGCUGUAGACGCUAGGUGGCGCUAGAGGCUCGCACUCCAGUAAAUGAAGCGUAAAAGCCAAACAGGCUGCGUGAGCUUCACUGUAAUGACGUUAGCCUCCGGGAUGUUUUUUUUCCGCCGUUAAUGAGUUUGGACACCGGGGACUGACAUCCAUGAACCUCUCCCGUCUCUGAAGCACAUCCACCGUGAACUCCGCGAAGUCAGCUCACUGUCCACCCGGUGAUCCUGAAGGAAGUGGUGACCCCGUCCAACUGUCACCCUGCUACUCCUGGCCACCGCCCCAACUCUGCCCCCACCCCACCCCCUGUCCUGACUGGCUCUCGGUGCUGCCGGCGGUGGAUUAGAGCACUCUGAUUGGAGGCUUUGCGAGGUGGUUUUUCGGUCUGGCGCCGCCUCCCCCCGGGGCCGGCGUGCGCUCCCAGCAGCCCGUGGUGCCCUGUGCCCCCCCCUCCCCGUCACUGCACACCAGAGCCCAUGCCCAGGGAGGAGGCGCAGUGCGUUCGCCAGGAGCCAUGUGCCUCCCUCACACCAACAACAUGGACAGCAAGCUACAGGGGGCGGGGCAGGGGGGAGGGGCUUCACUACGUCAACGAGGAGGAGGUGUUCCACUGGAGCCCUUCGUACACCAGGUGGGGGGUCACACCAGUAUGAUGCGUUAUGAUGACCACACAGUGUGUAAGCCUCUGAUCAGCAGAGAGCAGCGCUUCUACGAGUCUCUGCCUCCAGAGAUGAAGGAGUUCACUCCGGAGUAUAAAGGUGUGGUGCUGGUUUGUUUCGAAGGGGACUCCGACGGCUACAUCAACCUGGUGGCCUACCCCUACGUGGAGAGCCACAUGGAGGCCGGGAUCGCAGAGCACGAGGAGCGUGACCCCCCCGAGAGGGAGCAGCCGAGGAGGAAACACUCCCGCCGCAGCCUCCAUCGCUCCUCCUCCUCCUCUGACCACAAGGAGGAGCGGCCCGACAGGAGGGAGCCGCACGACACCGACACCUCUGACAAUCUCGGAGAGCUGAAGAGUCCCAGGCUGGAUCCAAAGAUCCACUCCGACGUUCCCUUCCAGAUGUUGGACUGGAACAGCGGUUUGACAUCAGAGAAGAUCAGCCACAACCCGUGGAGCCUCCGCUGUCACAAACAGCAGCUCAGCCGCAUGAGAUCUGAGUCCAAGGACCGCAAACUCUUCACAUCUUACCCAGAGUUCCUGUUGCUGGAGAACGUGGUUCACCACUUCUCGUACCCCUGCAUCCUGGACCUGAAGAUGGGGACCAGGCAGCACGGAGACGACGCCUCCGAGGAGAAGGCGGCCAGGCAGAUGAAGAAAUGUGAACAGAGCACUUCAGCGACGCUGGGAGUCAGAGUGUGUGGCAUGCAGGUGUACCAGCUGAACACCGGUCACUACCUCUGCAGGAACAAGUACUACGGCCGCGGCCUGUCGAUCGAAGGCUUCCGCCAGGCCCUCUACCAGUACAUGCACAAUGGGAAGGGCCUGAGGCAGGACCUCUUUGAGCCGAUCCUGAAUAAGCUUCGCAGCCUGAAGGCGGUGCUGGAGAGGCAGGCGUCCUACCGCUUCUACUCCUCUUCACUGCUCAUCAUCUAUGAGGGAAAGGAACCUGAGGGCCCCUCAGGCCUCAGCUCUGGGCAGCACGCGGCCUGGCACCAGAAGACCCCCGCGGCCCCUGCAGAGUCCCACUGUGGCCCCGGGCCCCACGCUCCUCCGGCCCCCGACACUCCCUCUGAAACGGACAUGAGCCAGAACCCAGACCCAGGGACACUGUCCUCUCAGGGACCUGGACUAAUGGCUCCACCCUCUCCUCAUCCCCCUCCACAGGCCCCACCCACCAAGUCAGACUGCCGCUCCUUCCUCCCCCCUCCCCCCUCGCCUCACCCCCAUCCAGACUCCUCCUCCCCCUCUUCUCCCAGUUUAAUUUCCUUCCCCCCUCCUCCAGCCCCCCCACCCAAGCAGCCCCCCCUGGUGGACGUUCGUAUGAUCGACUUUGCCCACUCCACCUUUAAGGGUUUCCGUGGCGACACAGCGGUGCACGACGGGCCGGACCGGGGCUACGUGUUCGGACUGGAGAGUCUGGUCCAGAUCCUGGAGAGCCUGCGGGACGACAACCUGCCGUAGCUCCGAACACACAAACACACAAACACAAACACACACACACACACAAACACACAUACACACAGCUUGUUGUGAGUUAGUUUAGGUCGUGUUGCCGAGACGCCUCGACUGUAAAUAUGGAACAGGGUUCUCCAGGACGUCACCAUGGAAACAUGGCCAUUCUACAGUCGAGUAGUUACUAUAGCAACAGGCAGGAGGUGGGACAGUGGAGCUGAAAUGGAAAACCUCUGCACAACACACACACUGGUUGUACGUCUAUACUUGUGAGGACCCUACCUGACAGCCUCUCCAGGAGCUGGUUGCACUACUUGGUAAUUAGUUCAAACUUAACCUCGUUCUAACUGAAGUCUUCUGUAAGGGGAGUUUUGCACAUGAAUACAUUAAAAACAGGUUGCUCAUAGUUCUCAAGAAGAGAUUGUUGGUUACUAAUUAUUUACAGUAACCGCCAGGUGUAAGGGUUGUGUAGCUGAAGGAAGCAACUGACAAAACAAACGUUACUGACGCCAAUAUCUGAUGUAUUUAUAGUGGAGAGUAGAAGAAAUAUAAUAUUGAAUACAGUCGACAUAUCUGACGUUGAAGAUUUACAUUUACAGCUUCCAUUCAUCCAUCCAUCAUCCCACCUCUCCUAGAGAAAUAACUCCAGUCUGAAUCAGGCUUUACUCACUUCCUGUUCUUCACUUGAAUGUUUCACUGUGCAGAAUGAUGUUUUCAAGAGGUUUUCACAUUCAUUUAGAGGAAAGUUUUCUCUGUGUUCAGUUUUAAUCUGAGUUUAACACGUGUGCGCAGGAACAUGAUUUUGUAACAUCACAACUAGUUUGAAAGUCAGUCAUGGUCCAAUGUGUAACUGAAACUAGUGCGAUGUGGAAACCUGAAGCCUCCAGCUCACAAACACUGAGAAUGGACUUUUCAGUGAAGUAGGAGGCAUCUUGUGUACGGCAGUUAAACUUUUGUAAUGAAAAAUAUUUGCAUAUUCACAGAUUAUUGAUUUAUUUUCAAUGAGGGAGAAAAUCAUUUAAAAAAUUUUAACUUCCAUUUUUUGUAGAAAAACCAAACCAGACACGGCGUGAGUGUUUUUAUGCGUCUUUAAACGUGUCUCUAGGGGAUCAUUACAUUUUCCUCUUCAGCAGAUGAAUGUGAAAGCAGCCGUCUAGUGUCCAACUCUUCACAUACAUCAUUCUGCACAAUGAAGGUCAAACAAAUUGGUCCUCACAAAGAUAGACAGACAACAGCACACACACACACACACACACACACACACACACACACACACACACACACACACACAUCCUGGGAACAGUUGUCUGUGGAACAAAGCGUCCUCUCUGGACGACCAAUCAGCUGAAUCCCAGGGACCGCCCACUGAAGUUGGCCCACACUCACAUUACUCACCCUCCGACUCCCCCCUUCGCCCCCGAUCCCCCACACGCCACUCCUCCUCACUCCCCUUUCUCUACAGAAACCAAACCUGGACAGGAGGACAGACUCUGUCAGCGUUACCUUGAAAACGCACUCAGAAACACAUCCAAGCAUCUGUGAAAGCAAUAGAUGGAGAUGAGAGACGGCGACUUUUUUCUUCGGCAGUGCAGAGGGCAGCGUCGCCCACAGAGAGAACAAUAAUAAAGUGCAACAGAAAUUUGCAUCAUAGACGUAGGCUUUAAGGAGAGAAUAUAGAUCAUUUUUAAAAAAAAAAAAAAAAGAAGCUAUAUUUCCGUUUUUGGGGCUUAAUUCAAAAACGUUAGUAGUUGGUGUCCUGUAAAAAUCAUCCUCUGUGUAAUAUUGGAAGUGUCAGUUUCCCAAAUCUGGUCUAGUGAUAUUCUGUAUUUUUCAUCUUGUCAACAAAUCCCAGAUAAACACCAAAAGCAACAAUGAAUCCAUCCGACCAGCGGGUUUAGUGAGUGUGUGUGAGUGUGUGUGUGUGUGUGUAUAAAAGCCUGAUACUGAUACGUCUUAUUCCUUUGUGCCAUAGAGCUCCAUCAGUGAGACACGCUGUUGCACUGGAUCACGUGUUCCUUCGUUACUAUGAACACACACACUCUAGUUAGUUUUGACUCAAUCCCACACACACUGUCCUGCUGCUGGAGAUACUCUUCAGAGCACCAAAUGUGGAUUCAUCCGCUGUGGAAAAUAGUCCCCAACAAAUGCACUAUUUCCUCAUGUUUGAGCAACGUUUGCUGAAAACGACGAUGAGCAGUUGCUUUGGGAAAUUACUGAGUAUUUUAAAAAAUAUGAAACAAUAUCUGUGAAAUUCUUUUGACAUAUACGAUUAUUUUGGGGGUAUUUUAUCCCUUUAUUUGAUAGCUGAUUGGACAUUGCGGUUCAUGGUGGACACUUUAACCCCUGAGCUCCCCUGAAAGUUCACACUUGACCUUGGAAUCGGCAGCUUGUCCACAGUCACCAAAAACGUCUCACAACGUCCAUUUAGCAGCUGUUCCUGAGCUUUCGCUCUGCCUCAGCUGCUGGAGUUGCUCAGUUGUCAUGAGAUUGUAGAUGUUCAAGUUUCCAUUUUUUUUAAACACUUUGAAGACUUUUUGACUUUUAAAGAUCCAAAGCCCCAGAUUAGCUGCUAAUAUGACUUUAUGGUAAUUUUUUUUUUCUUCAAAUUGCUGUUUCCAAUGUCAAGAAUCAAUUUUCAAUCUCAAUUUUUAAGCCAAGAUACAAGACGUUCUGAAAAGGCUCAGAAAAAUGGAAAUAAUGGAUCAUGAGAUAUAAUCAAAAUCUCCAGAAACAGCUACUUCAUAGACUUUGUGCUGUGAUUGUUUUGUCAACUGUAUAUUUGUGUAUAAUUGGUUCACACAGGGUAGAGAAGGUUUUAGAGAUGAUCUAACAUUGUUGGUUUUGGUCUUUUCAUGGGAUUUGUUGACAGUAACAAAAGUAUAGAGUAGUACCAGCCUUAUUCUUUACAUUGGGGCUGGGUGAUAUGGUUGGAUAACAGAAAUUUGACAAAUAAUAAUUAAGUAUCGCCCAGCCCUGCCUCAAAUGUGUCAAAACAAGAUAUAUAUAUAUAUAUAAUAUAUAUAUAUAUAUAUAUAAUACAAAUCAUUAUCCUGUAAGUGUCAGCAGAAUCGGCCGUGGUGUCUCUACUGAGGAUGUCACCGUUUUAUCUCAUCUGGUCGGACCGAUUAGACGGUGUCAGCCAAUCACAGUUCAAGGAGCUCUGGAGGCCGGCCGUGACGCUGCACCGCCCCCUGCUGGACAACAACAGGAACUCUACCCCAGGAAUAAGAGAGAGCAAAUAUGAAUAUUUUAUUUUUUGGUUUAUCGAGGUGAUAAUUUAUUUUUUUAUUGUACCUUUACCCACAUGUGCGGGUAAAUGUUUUGUCUUUUACAUGUCUCUUCCCCCUAAAUGUAUAAAAUGUAAAGAAAUUAAGUGCAUCAGAGACACAGUGUGUGAAAUGUCAGGAUUAUAAGCAGUAUUAUUUGAGCUAACUCAAGUCUGUUUUAUUUGCUGCUGACUCGGCUCCAGUCUGAUCCUGACCGGGUAUCGACAGCAGUGAAUCCAGACUUGAGUCAGAUCACUGAGCCCAACACCUCUGCCUGCUGUGGAGAUGUCGCUCUGGUGGGAAGCUCUUCUGAACGUGUGUGUGUGUGUGUUAGAGCAGAUGUAGACGCCAUCUUUAGUCUUUGGUUUGUUUCACUUCCACAUUUAAGGAGUUGGUAAAGAACUGCAUGCACGUUCACGUCCUCCUGUUUGAGUCAGUUUGCAGCACAGCGUCAAACAGUCUUGUUACAGUCCUCACAGAGUCUAAAGCAGCGACGGUCCACGUGUCCUCUCAGAUCGUGAUAUUUAUUCAUGGAUAUUAGCCUCAAUGAUUGAUCAGAGUUAUUUAGCAGCAUUUUCUGCAUCUGACAUCAUCCUGACUGUUUGUUAGAACAGUGAAAGUAAGUGAGAUUAAAUCUUUCCAGAAGCUUUUGGGCUCGUGUUGUAAUUCCUGACCAGCAGGUGAAGACCCCCGACAUCAAAGUCCCUGAAAUCAUCAUAUAAACAGAACUUGAGCAUUAACGGCUGCGGAGAUCUUCUCACAUCAUUCAGUACCAACAGUGAUCAGGGUGAUCCGUGAGGAGCUGCAGCAACUGAACCACGACCUUAAAGUCACAGCCCUCUUUGUAUUUUCAUCACGUCCAAAGAACCUUGAGAAAAAUGAGACUGAUAAUGAAUUAUACACAUUUCCUUUCAGGUUUGUUUGUUACACUGCAAAAAAAAACAAAAAAUAACUGUGCUACAUUUUUACACUCCGAUCCACACCGGCUCACCUGAAGUCGGUUUCAUAAAUGUCUUUGAAUGUCACUAACAAUAAAGGAAAUUCCCAUCCCAAGUCGGGCUGCAACAAUUA